AUGGAGCCUCAAUUACUGGCAUCGCAGCCGCAGCAAUACUCUAUCGGGCGGUAUAACCACCGGCGCCACCGUGGGGAAGGCGGCGGGCCGGUGGAGAUGACCAAGGAAGCCUCUCAUCCGGGCGGCGGAGAGAGCAGUGCCACCGUGGAGAGGCGCGGCGGAGGAGACGUCCGCCGGGCUGCCCCGGAUCGCAACCUCGCGUCGCUCUGCGAUCACGUUCAAUUGGAAGGGUUUAAUAACGGCAUGUUCUCCGAUGUCGUUUUGAACGCAAUGGGGUCGACCUAUCAUCUACACCGCCUACUUCUCUCCCGGAGUUCAUACUUCCGGAACAUGCUCCAGGGUCCUUGGAAGGAAGCUAAUUCUCCAGUUUUGACCUUGCACGUGGAUGAUAAAAAUGUAAAUAGUGAAGCAAUGGAAAUGGCUUUGGCCUAUCUCUAUGGACAUUAUCCUAAGCUUAAUGACGAUAAUGCAUUUAGAGUUCUAGCUGCUGCAUCUUUUCUUGACCUUCAGGAUUUAUGUGCAAUUUGUACAGAUUUCAUCAUAGCUGAAUUGUGGUCUUCAAACUUCCUAACUUUUCAGGUCUUUGCUGAGAGCCAAGAUUAUGGGACUCAUGGGGAACGUGUUCGAAAUGCUUGUUGGGGCUACCUGUGUCAAAGUGGUUCCAAGGAACUAAAGGAGGUGCUCCCAAAACUUUCCUCGCAAACACUACUUGCUUUACUAACGUCAGAUGAACUAUGGGUGCCAAGUGAAGAGAAACGGUUUGAACUGGCUCUGUGCACUCUUCUUGCGAAAGGUACACUUGGCAAGACAGAAAACCAUGAGCGGAGAGGUACAAGUUGCGAGGUUGUAGCCAGUGCAUAUUCUGGUUCUUCCAGGGGAAGCAAGAAGCAUUCUACUGAUGAAAGCAGAAAUAGCUCGCUGGAAACUGAACGAGGGCACUCAAAAACCAUAGACAACUUUGAAAGCCGCGAUACUGCUCGUAACAUUUUGUUAGAACUUGCAGACUCCAUUGUGGACUCCUGUUCUGAAGGCUCCACAUUUGAUCAAGCCCAAACAACAUAUGGUGAAUCUAAUCCGGAGUCAGGGUAUGAUUGUAACACCAGAGGACCUUUGGCCAGUAACACAUUCUAUACAGAUGAUAGUAAUGUCCUGUGUUCUUAUCUGAAUAUUCAAAACUGUACUGGAAUGAGUGGGUCAGCAGGCAGUGGUUUGGCUGUGGAGGGACCGUCAGACGAAGAUCCAUGCUACCAAUUAAAUAGCAGUUGGCCUUCAGGAGAUCAGAUGCACUGUGUCUCUAUAAACUCUUCAUGUAAUGUGCUAAUGUCGAAUGAAUGGGAAAGAUGUAAUAUAUCACCCCUGACAUGGGGUGGCAGGACCGUGGGAAGAAGAGAGGUAAAAACUUCCCUAAACCAGCAAUGUGGGAUGAGCCAAGAAGAUUAUGAUUCUUUCGUCAACAUUUUUGAAGGGGGCUCACUUUUGUACUGCAACAUGUCUUUUGAAGCACUCUUAAACGUGAGAAAGCAUCUGGAAGAAAUGGGCUUCCCUUGUAAAGCUGUGGAUGAUGGCUUAUGGUUGCAGAUGCUUUUAAGCCAGAGGGUUCAGGAAAUUGGUGCAGCGACGUGUAAAAAUUGCUGCCGUGUUGGCAUUGCAUGUGCAUGCAGACAGUCAUUUGGGUACUCGGCCAAUAUUACAGCCACCGGAUACUACAUUCAAGAUGAGCAUAGUAAUUUAUCCCAUAAUGACAUGGGGCAUGUCUAUAUAAACAACUCUGCUCAGGGGGAAAGAAGUGGCCACUUUAGGCCUGUUCGCGUACACGACAGGGGCCCCAUUGAUGGCCUAGCUGGCAUCGGGCGUGGAACUACAUUCGUACCUGCGUCCGCUUGGCCUCCGACCCGUUACGUCUUUUCUCGUGUCCCAUUUGGUAUAGGCAAUCGAGGCAAUCAACAGCCUCCUGCUAAUGAUGAUCCAGAGAACAGAGGCGACAACAGUGGGGAGCUUGCUGGGGAUGGCUUGACGGCUCUGGUUGGGCUCAGUCAGGGAUCGAAUGAUGCCGCUAACUUGCAUGAGUUGCAGAUUAGAAGAGACUACGAGACGUGCCUGCAGGGUAGGCAGGCGGGAUCUUUGGCUCCCGGUUCGAGUUCCGGUGGUGGCAUACCUGUUCAGAUAAUGGACUCGCCGGGGGAUGCUAUGGGAAUCGAGUGGGAGAAUGAAAACAGAAAGAUAUCGUUGGAUAUGAAAACACCUUUGAGUCACUUCCCACCUUUUCGCUUCGCGGUUGAGUUCCAGGAAGUGAAUACACUAUGUGAUGGUCAAGUUAAACACUCACCUGAAGCAUUUUAUGCAGGGUCCUUGUGGAAGGUUAGUGUUCAGGCUUUUAGCGAUGAAGAUCCUCAAGGACGUCGCACACUCGGUCUGUUUCUUCACCGACGGAAGGCAGAGAUCAGCAACUCACUUAGAAAGGUCCAUAUGUACGUGGACUCUAGGGAAAAGGUUACCGCCAGAUACCAGUUGAUAUGUCCGUCAAAGAGAGAAGUUAUGGUGUUCGGAAGCUAUAAGCAGACGGGAACACUUUUACCAAAAGCUCCAAAGGGGUGGGGCUGGCGAACGGCCUUGUUAUUUGAUGAACUUGAUGACCUUCUCCAAAAUGGUGCCCUACGAGUAGCUGCUGUUGUGCAGCUUAUCUGA